AUGGACUCACACCUCAAAAGUGUCAAGACCAUGGAAGUUCUUCUGGGACAAUACAAAGACAUAAUUUACCUCAAUUCUGGUCUGCUUGAUUUUGUCAAUGAAAUCGUUGUUGAUGAGGCCAACAUCCAGCCGAGCGAAGCUUAUGUGUUUGACGUAUUUCUGGAGGAGAUUCGAAAUGCUGAACAAAUUGUUUUGGAUCGAUCCGUCGCGUUGAGUAUAUAUUCAGAAGAGGAAUACAAGCUUUUUUAUCCUGCCGACACUGAAUCUGUGGAUCGCAAUGAGGGUAGUUCGUUUGCAUCGGCACCAGAUGUGAAUAGGCUUAAUGCUGAAUUGAAGCCGCCUCCGAGCUGCAUGUGUUGUUUGUCACCCCUUAAAAAUAAGUCCAAUCGACGAGUUUUAUCGUGUGGCCAUGUGUACUGCACAACUUGUAUCACUACACGUUGUCGUAUGGGUGUCAGUGAUCGCUCAAUGGUCCCAGCACAUUGUUGUAGAAGGGAAUUUCCAACUGACUAUGUGAAAGAGGCGUUAGGAUUCCAGUUUGAGAUCUAUGAGCGAUUUCUUAAAGACAAAAGCUGGCGAUCAUUAGAUCUGCAAUCGGACCACGAAUACGCCAAUGUAAUUCGAGAGGUUUCUGGUGUGCAAUGCCCUGGAUGCGGUGUGGGAGUGCAAAAAGUAUCAGGAUGCAAUCAUAUUACAUGCUUGUAUGGCCACGAGUUCUGCUAUUCAUGUUGCAUGAAGUGGAAGACUUGUGGCUGUGAAACUUAA